AUUCAGUUAUCUGUGAGCAUUCGGUCGGUUCGGUUGGGAAGCGUUGGUUCGGAUUACAUGCGAGUACAGUGCGCUGGCGACGAACGGUGUUCUCUACGUUCGGACUUUGGAGCAGCUUGGCUACGUUUAGUUUGCUGCCCAUUAUUCCUAUGCCGUUCGUAAGCAGACUGGAGAGUUAGGAGUCUGGUAUACAGUGAGAACGUUCUAAGUGCGGUGAUGACGACGGCUUAGAUUGUCGAUUCAGGUUGGUCGAGGCGCAAAUGGAUAUUCGUGAGCGCGUGUUCGACGCCUGCCAGGUGGCAGCAUAAAGGUGAACCGUCUGUCGUGCAGUUUGGAGAAACUUGUUCAUUGCACUCUUUGAAACGAAUCUGGUUAUGAUAUGCUUUUGAAUCAUAAACAUUGGGUGUUGUGAAAUAGUGCAAUUUGGUGUAUUUUUUUGGCUUGACUUGAGAGGAUUUAUUCAACAAUAUCGAUAAAAAUCGGCGAAGAAGAGUUACCUAGCUGGUUAGUGGAAAGUUGAAGCGAGUUGUUUCGUACGAGGUAGAUAACGAAAUUUACCGGAAACCGGUUACGACCGAGCCGCCGAUGAUAAACAUUCUCGGACAGCGAGGAGUGUGGAUAAAUUCAGUUCAAUACAUUCAAUGAGCAGUGCAUACAAACGUAAUAGUGAUACACGUGAGAACAAAAAUAUAUGUACUUAUAUUUAUCCAAUUCACAAACAUCAUAACAAGUGUGACAAGAGAAAAUAGUGUUUCUUAACUUACAGCCGGCUGCACCGCGAACAAAUAAUUCAGGCGAAUAACAGAAAAGGAGUAACGGCGUAUGGUGUUUGCACAACAAAUGAAUAAAUCUGAUUCUUAAUCCCCACCCAAAUGAACCCAACGCCUCACGCUGAUUUCACCAAAAGUGUAAAAAGCUUCUCUACGGGCAGGUUCGCAGUAAUCGUGGAUAAAGCAUUUAACACACCGCUGACGACGUUUAGAUAGCAGGAAAAAAUUAGACUACCACGUAAACCAAACCCAUAAGCGGGGUCGGUGUGCACCUUGGCUGGCCAUAAAGAACGGCAUCAUGGACUUGAGGUGCUCAUUGGUUUGUGUAACACGCCAAAAGUGAGAGGUGACAGAAAGGUACCGAUUCUAGAAAACAAACACGUAUUUUCGUCUCGCUGGAUAAAAACCUACGACCGGACCGGCAGACAGAGAUAAUGAUCGAUGGUGUCGAGUGAUAAAGUGUGCACGCGGUUGUAAUCAAAUUAGUGAAGGAUUAGUGAUUGAUGAUAAGGGGGCAGGCAAAAUCGUCCGCAGUGACGAGUGGCAAGUGGUGCGAAGAAGAGCACCAGAAGAGCACAAUCAUGUCCGACAUCUGUGAUUUCGAGUGGUCGAACAACCGCUUUCGACAUAAUCUUACCAUAUCCGAUCUCAAGGGGUAUAACAAAAAUGAACCCACCGACAGAAGUAGGGCCCUGAAAGCCCUGAAGGAGCUCAUUGGAGCCAGCAUAGAUUACGCUCUUAAGGAUAAGUCGUGUUUUCAGGAUGACGAGUUCCUGCUAAGAUUUCUUUACGCGCGAAAGUUCAAUGUGGAUGACGCCUUUCAGUUAGUGAUUAAUUACCAUGCUUAUCGACAACGAAACGGUCCUCUGCUGCAGAGGUUAUCAGUGUUGGAUGAAAAUAUUCAGUUAGCUUUGCGGGAUGGGUUUCCUGGUGUGCUGCCGAACAGGGAUCGAAGGGGUAGGAAAGUGUUGAUAUUUUUGGCUGGUAAUUGGGAUUACUCGUCGUACUCACUAGUCACGGUUUACAGAGCGAUGUUACUGUCGCUGGAGAAGCUACUGGAAGAUAAACAAAAUCAAGCGAACGGGUUCAUAGCGAUUGUGGAUUGGACGAACUUCACUUUUCGACAGUCGUCCAAUUUGAAUCCCAAAGUGCUGAAGCUGAUGAUCGAAGGGUUACAGGACUGCUUCCCGGUUCGCUUCAAAGCGAUCCACUUCAUCGGUCAACCGUGGUACGUGGAAGCAGCGCUUGCAGUGAUCCGACCGUUCCUCAAGGAGAAAACACGCGAACGGAUAAAACUGCACGGUGGAAACCUAUCCACCCUGCACGAUUGCGUCGCCCGAGACAUCCUCCCCACCGAGCUUGGCGGCGAGGGACCCACCUUCAAUCCGCUCAACUGGUACCACGAACUGCUCGAGUCGAGCCAAAUCGCAACCAAGCCUGCGCCAUCGUACAUUCUAAGUCAACCCCAGUACUACACCAAAUCCCCGGCGCCAUCGACGCCCCUGGCGAUGACGACAACGACCACGAUCACGACGACGACGACGGGUUCGGAUUUCCUGAAAAGUACCAAAGCAGCCGCGGUGAAGAUCGGAGUGCUCACCACCAAGGCGAACGAUCCGGCCGCGAAUACCCUGCUCGGCGUGGGGAGUGACACGUGACGCUCGCAGGCGCACGAAUCGGAGCGACAACAGCAAAAGCACCAGCCACAACGGUUCCGGACGGUACAGCGUCUCGAUGAUGCAAGGUCCUGAUCUCAAAUAUCCAUUUCCACACAUUUGUGCAUACAUUCAGCAACCAUUUAGCCGGGCUUGCGAGACUCAUCUACUCACCACCGCAUGUCACCGCAAAAACAACGACGACUAGUUCUGCAUCACCGAUGCCGGCCGACGCGGAUACUCCCAAGUGCGCUUAUAGUGUGAUUUAGAAUUUUGCUGUUGCUUCGAGCCUCGAGGGAGAUAAAUAACUUCAACCAAAUGUUCCUCGCGUCCCCCACAGCCUAUAGAGAAUCAUUCAACCGACCAACAACGAGGGACGAUCGCGAUCGCCGGAAAGAUAAUUAACCAUCAACUUCAACAGUCCGCUGUCUAGGAGAUCGUUCCGUCGUCACCGGCACUCCAUCGGACGUUCGUACCGACAUUUGUUAUCUAUUUCGCUCUCGACAGGCAGCGGAUAUGCUAAUUAUCAUACAAACGGAAUGCGCAAUCUACUGCCUACACACCUAACCUAACUUUAUUAGCGCAAAGUCUCGAUCGAUCGUACGCCGAUCAGCUGCUACACGGAUUAUCCCGCUGAUUCCCGUCAUGGUGAAUUAAUAAAUUGAUAACCGUAUUUGAAGAGUAGUGGCUAGUUUAAACAAGGAAAAAAGUCAUGGCACAGAUUCACGUCUGGAAACUUACAACUAUUGCAAAUAGAGUUACAUUACACAUAUAUCGAAAAAAAAAAUAACAGUGAACCAAUUGAGCUUAUAUACUUCCACGAACUGAACAGUUAUAGGAUUAAGUACUGAUGAGUGCAUCAAAUGUUAGACACGUGUAUAUUGGAGGAAGAUGAUCAACAGAGCUUUACUAACGCAUCUCUAUAGUGAGUUUCUUGUUCGAUAACGGGAAAACAUUGGAAACAAUAGUGGACUUGUAGCUUUUACGGCUAAACAUUUACAAUAACUAUAUCAUUGGAGAGAAGUGUAUAGCUUGUCCUGUAUUUAUGCGUAGUUUAGUUGUCAUUAGUCUUACGUUAUUCUUUACAUAGGAGAAGAAAUAAGCAUUUAUUGCGUUCGAAGUUAGCAACAAACAAAGUAUUUUGAAAAUCCGUCCGUUAGACAAAACUAUAGUUGCUACUUAGGAAUUGAGUCUUCAAUGAAGCGUUACAAAUGGUGAAGAACGGACAGUAAUAUUAUAGUUCUUAUCACAAGUACAGUUCAAUAAGUUAUUACACCCUUUCCUGCAUGGCGUUUUACAAAGAUUUUUAGCGUAAGACUUGCGUAAUUGAAAUAAAUCUUGAUUGAAUUAUA